CAUAAAAGUAUUCGGCAACACAUUGGAACUUAUAGUAUAAACAAAAACAAAUGGUGACUCAUUGUUUAUUAUUAAUUAAAUUCUACCGAUUCAUGUGACUGACUGACUGAAAUGGCCACUUGUGAUCCUAAUAAUAAAUCAAUGGCUAGCAAAAGAGAAGAACGUCGUAAACAGGUCUUGCUGGGUGAACUUCCAUCGGAUUUCUUAAGAGUUACUCCAAAUACGAUAUCAUCCCUCACUCAAGAACAGCAAAUAGCCUUGGAUGAACAAGCAGCAAUCGCUCUUCAACAUGCAUCGACGAUAUCAGGCCGACUUACUAUUAGUGUAAUUGAAGCUAAGCUAAAUAAAAAUUAUGGCUUGACAAGAAUGGAUCCAUAUGUGAGAUUAAGGGUCGGGCAAACUAUUUAUGAAACUAAUACUGAUUACAAUGGUGCCAGAAACCCCCGAUGGAAUAAGAAUUUUAAUUGUUUUUUCAUGUCGCAAGACACCACCAUUUACAUUGAAAUUUUUGAUGAGUGUGCAUUUUCUUUGGAUGAGAGAAUAGCUUGGGCUAAUUAUCAAAUCCCCCAGUCUGUUCUUCAAGGUCAAACAGUCAAUGAGUGGAUUGAGCUGUCUGGCAAAUUAGGUGAAGAUAAAGAAGGUUUAAUUAACCUUAUUAUUACAUACCAGGUUAUACCGUCAGGCACGCUAAUUUAUCAUCCCCAGUCAAGAGUGAGUGUUGUUCCUUAUGGACCUUUUCAAGGCAAAGAUGGAACUACAAUAGACUCUACUGUGCCAAAUAGGGAUGAUGCUGCAGUCUUUGGUCCGUAUCCUGAUGUACAGUCAGAUUGUCCUAUACCAGAAGAGGAUUAUAAACAAGUUAUGGACAUGUUUCCAAACAUAGAGGAAUCUGUUGUACGAGAUAUCAUGGAAAGUAACAGGGGGAACAAAGAUCUAACCAUUAAUGUUCUGCUAGAGAUGAGUGAUGUGACAUGAUCGUUGCUUUUGAAGCUAUGAGUUCUGCUUAUCUGGUCAUGUAUUAUAGUUUGUUAGAUUAGUUUAUUUUUUUGAAGUUUUGUUAAUUUAGACUGUGCAUCUACUGCGAUUUUUUUUGCUACACAAAUCAUUAAAUGCUUUGUUUUAACAUUUCAAUUUUUUUUGCUGCUUU